UGCCUGGAGGGAUAGCAUUCGGACGUGAUGGCCAGAGGCAACGAGCGCAGCAUGAAGGCCCUGAAGGAGGUGUGGAGAAGAGCGGAAAACUCUUUGUGCGCAGACUGCGGGAAGCCAGAUCCUGACUGGGCAUCCUCUACUUUGGGUGUCUUUAUAUGCCUCAGCUGUUCAGGAAUUCACCGCAACAUCCCUAGCAUCAGCAAAGUCAAAUCCCUGAAGAUGGACCACUGGGAUGAUGCUCAGGUGCAGUUUCUGGCCAAGCAUGGGAAUGCUGUGACUAAAGCCACAUAUGAAGCUCACAUCCCUAUUUACUAUUACCAGCCAACCUACAAUGACUGCCAAGUGCUGAGAGAACAGUGGAUACGGGCCAAAUAUGAACGCAAAGAGUUCACCGAGCCGGGAAAACAGCUGCCAUAUUCUGAUGGGGUGAAGGAAGGCAUCCUCUGGAAGCGAGGUCGAGACAACGGGCAGUUCCUACCCCGCAAGUUCCUCUUGUCUGAGAGAGAGGGAUGUCUAAAGUAUUUCACCAAGCAGGAUGCCAAAGAACCCAAAAUCAAUGUUAAAAUAGAUGUCAUUAAUGCUACGUUCCAGCCAGUGAAGAUUGGAAACCCCAAUGGCCUGCAGAUCACCUAUCUCAAAGACAACAAGACCCGGAAUAUAUUUGUCUACCAUGAAAGUGGAAAGGAGGUAGUGGACUGGUUCAAUGCCAUUCGCUCUGUGCAGUUCCAUUAUCUGAAGGUAGCAUUUCCCAUUGCCAGCGAUAAUGAGAUUAAAAAUCGGCUGACAAGAAACUUCCUGAAGGAGGGAUACAUGGAGAAGACUGGUCCCAAGCAGAGAGAGGCUUUUAAGAAGCGCUGGUUCACGCUGGAUCACCGCAGGCUCAUGUACUUCAAGGACCCUUUGGAUGCAUUUGCUAAGGGUGAGGUAUUCGUGGGCAGCAGAGAGAAUGGAUAUAGCGUCCAGAAGGGAUUGCCUUUGGGGACACAGGGCAACUUCUCUUGGCACUAUGGCCUCACCAUUGUCACCCCCGACCGGGAAUACCUCUUCACCUGCGAGACAGAGACUGACCAGCUGGACUGGAUCGCAGCCUUCACUAGUGUCAUCAACCAGGCCAUGACACCACAGGAAUAUGCAAUUGAAGCCUACUUCAAGUUUAAAUCCUAGGAAGCCAUGCAGGAACCUCGCUAUGACUCGACUCUACCUGGUCCUGUUGGGUGGGCUAUCAGGAGAGGAGAGGAGAUCGACAUCAGAGAAACACAGUGCUCUUGAAGCACCCUUUGAAGCACU